UAUAACUCGUAGCAACAAACCCUAGAAAAGAAAAAGAGAGCUUUCAAGGUGAAGAGAGUGAAAUGGGGAAGAAGAAGGCUGAACAAACGGGUGCGGCCUCAAAACCCAAAGAAGGCAAGAAAGAGAGACUCUCCGUCUCAGCCAUGCUUGCAAGCAUGGAUGAGAAAUCUGAUAAACCCAAUAAGACCUCUUCUUCCUCCUCAAAACCAAAAUCAGCCCCAAAGCUCUCUUCUUAUACAGACGGUGUCGAUCUCCCUCCCUCAGAUGAAGAAGAUGAAAUCGAUGACGAAUUAGAAGCCAAGAAGAAAGUCCUUAAGCAGAAACUCGAUCCAAAGACCCUUGAUAUUUCUGUAUCUGAGAAAGAAUUAAAGAAGCGAGAGAAGAAGGAUAUGAUCGCUGCCCAUGUUGUAGAACAUGCUCGCAGAGAAGCCCUUAGAGACGAUCGUGAUGCCUUCACUGUUGUAAUCGGUAGCCGUGCUUCGGUCCUUGACGGUGAAGAUUCUGCAGAUGCUAAUGUCAAGGAUAUUACAGUUGAGAAUUUCUCUGUGUCGGCGAGAGGGAAAGAGUUGUUGAAGAAUGCUUCAGUGAAGAUUUCGCAUGGCAAGAGGUACGGUUUGAUUGGCCCUAAUGGGAAGGGGAAGUCGACCCUUUUGAAGCUUCUCGCUUGGAGGAAGAUUCCGGUGCCAAAGAACAUAGACGUGCUUUUGGUGGAACAGGAGGUGGUUGGUGAUGAGAGGACGGCGCUUGAAGCUGUGGUUUCGGCAAAUGAAGAGCUUGUGAAGCUUCGUCAGGAGGUUGCUGCUCUACAGAAUGGAGCUUCCGCUGAAGAAGAAGACGAUGAUGGAGAUGCAGGUGAGAAGCUUGCAGAUUUGUAUGAUAGGUUGCAGUUGAUGGGGUCUGAUGCAGCAGAGGCCCAGGCGUCAAAGAUUCUUGCUGGUUUGGGUUUCACUAAGGAGAUGCAAGGGAGGCCUACCAAGUCCUUUAGUGGUGGGUGGAGGAUGAGAAUCUCAUUGGCUAGGGCUCUGUUUGUGCAGCCAACCCUUCUGUUGCUUGAUGAACCCACAAACCAUCUUGAUCUCAGGGCUGUUCUGUGGUUAGAGGAGUACUUGUGCAGGUGGAAGAAGACUCUUGUUGUGGUCUCACACGAUAGGGAUUUCCUCAACACUGUCUGCACUGAUAUUAUUCAUCUACAUGAUAUGAAACUCCACUUCUAUCGAGGGAAUUUCGAUGAAUUUGAAUCUGGGUAUGACCAGCGACGCAAGGAGAUGAACAAGAAGUUUGAGAUCUAUGAGAAGCAAGUUAAGGCAGCAAAGAGGUCUGGGAAUCGGGUUCAACAGGAGAAGGUUAAGGAUAGAGCUAAGUUUGCUGCGGCAAAGGAAGCAUCAAAGAAUAAGUCAAAGGGGAAGGUUGAUGAAGAUGAGGCCCCGCCCGAGGUUCCUCAGAAAUGGAGGGAUUACAGUGUGGAGUUCCACUUCCCUGAGCCGACUGAGCUCACCCCACCUCUCUUGCAGCUCAUUGAAGUCAGUUUUAGCUAUCCAAAUAGGGAGGAUUUCAGGCUUUCUAAUGUUGAUGUGGGUAUUGAUAUGGGAACCCGUGUAGCCAUUGUUGGGCCUAAUGGAGCUGGGAAAUCAACCCUGCUCAAUCUUUUAGCAGGAGAUUUGGUUCCAUCUGAGGGAGAAGUGAGGAGAAGUCAGAAGCUGAGGAUUGGGAGAUAUUCACAGCACUUUGUGGAUCUAUUGAUUAUGGAUGAGUCCCCGGUUCAAUAUCUUCUCCGGCUUCAUCCAGAUCAAGAAGGUUUAAGCAAACAAGAGGCUGUUCGUGCAAAGCUUGGAAAAUUUGGGCUCCCUAGCCAUAACCACCUGACUCCUAUUGCGAAAUUAUCAGGAGGGCAGAAAUCCCGAGUUGUUUUUACCUCAAUCUCUAUGUCAAAGCCUCACAUUUUGUUAUUGGAUGAGCCCACAAAUCAUUUGGAUAUGCAGAGCAUUGAUGCACUGGCUGAUGCACUGGAUGAGUUUACUGGUGGAGUAGUAUUGGUCAGUCAUGAUUCUAGGCUAAUAUCGAGGGUCUGCGAUGAUGAAGAGAAGAGUGAGAUCUGGGUUGUUGAAAAUGGGACUGUGAGAAACUUCCCCGGGACAUUUGAGGACUACAAGGACGAGCUUAUGAAAGAGAUCAAGGCAGAGGUUGAUGAAUGAUCCAGGUUUCAAGACAUUAGGUAUUCAUUGUUUCAAUCAUAUAAUAAGCUUUUUUCAUCCGAUCGUGCCUUUUGUAUUUGUCUAAUAUUAAAUGAGACUAAUUUAAAACCGU